GUUUUGUUUUUCACCUCUUUACCUUGUCCACCUCUGGUUGGAAUCUGCAGCACAGAUCUGACAGGAACUGCAGAACUUCAGUGCUUAAGAGGGUCUCAAACUCUGUCUGCAGCCCCGGAGGUGGAGGCUCCACUUCUACGUUGUAUGGUACCUGUGUGCCGAAGUGAAGAGGACUCGGGUUUGACCAAUGGUUUAGUAAUAAUACUGCCAUGUUAACAUACUGUUCGUUUUAGGUCACAAACAUGCAGCGUAUUUUAUGCCUUUAUUUUUUAUUAUUAAAAAUGCUGUUCCUAAAGACUUACCAGCAUUCUCUUCAGACACUCGGUUCCACUUAAGUUGGACUUUGGGUCACGGGGAAACCUGGAGCCUAUCCCAGGGAGCAUCGGGCACAAGGCGGGGUACACCCUGGACAGGGUGCCAAUCCAUCACAGGGCACAAUCACAUACACACUCACACACCCAUUCAUACACUACGGACACUUUGGACAAUCAGCCUACCAUGCAUGUGUUUGGACUGGGGGAGGAAACCGGAGUACCCGGAGGAAACCCCCGCAGCACGGGGAGAACAUGCACACUCCGCACACACAGGGCCACGGUGGGAAUCGAACCCCUGACCCUGGAGGUGUGAGGCGAACAUGCUAACCACUAUAUAUAUAUAAUAUGUACUCUACUACCCACUACUUAUAUAAUAUGUAAUAUUUUAGAUAAUACACACUACCAGUCAAAAGUUUGUGGACACUAUGUUUCUCAUGACCUUAAAAACCUUUUGAUCGGAAGGUGUAUGAUUAAAUGUGUGAAAUCUGUGUCGUGGACAAAAAUAUAACCGCGCCAACAUUUCUUUCAUUAGAAAACUAACGUUUUAUUUACAAAAAAAAGAACGAAAUGCCAAGAAUUUUAAACGAACGAAAUGCCAAAAAUACAUUUCUGGAAAUUCUAGUCUACUUUGAAGAUGAUAAAAUACUAAAAUUAUUUAGAUUUUUUUAUUAUUACUUUUUUAUUUAUCACAACAUAAUUCCAAUAGCUCCGUUUAUGUUAGUCCAGAUGACGUUUUGAUGACUUUAUUCUUAUUAUUCUAAAAAUGUUGAGGAAAAAAUAAAAAAUUAUACAUAAAUAAAGAAUGAGUGUGUCUAAACUUUUGACCGGUAGUGUACAUCAUAUCAUAUGUGAUCUUCUUAUCAGAGAAACUCUGCUAUAUAAAAUCUCGCGAGAUUUCCGCGCGAUGUCACUCCACUGCGUCAUAAAAAAACAAAUCAAACAGCAAAUCUCGCGAGAUUUUGCGCUGGGUCAGUACGUGGAUGAAAACCAAAACAGUGCAGCAGCAGGAGCAGCAGUGCAGGGGAGAGAGAGAGGGGUCAGAAAUAUGGAGUGAGUCUAAUCCGGACAGGAGUAUAUGUAAGAAAGAGGAUAAGAUAUCAAUAAUAUAAAUGAUUUGAUUUAGUUUUGCUUGUUGCUCUGGGUUACAGUGACUCAGCUAGCUAGGGUUGGAGCAUCUGUAUACACAUACAUGCUGCUGUUAUCUGUUAUCUCUGAUUAAACUCACACACACACACACACACACACACACACACACACACACACACACACACACACACACACACAGAGUGAAGAUGGCAGAUAUGGAGUCUUCUCUGGAGUUCAGCAGCUCUCUGACCAGCUCCACACUGCCUCCUCCCCGCACCCGGAUCUUUAAGAUCAUAGUGAUCGGAGACUCCGGGGUGGGAAAGACCUGCCUCACAUACCGCUUCUGCGCCGGUAAGUUCCCGGACAAAACCGAGGCCACCAUCGGGGUGGACUUCCGAGAGAAGCUUAUCGAGAUCGACGGAGAAAAGAUCAAGGUCCAGCUGUGGGACACGGCGGGUCAGGAGCGUUUCCGUAAGAGCAUGGUGCAGCACUACUACAGAAACGUGCACGCCGUGGUGUUUGUGUACGACGUGACGAGCGCGGCGAGUUUCCGCAGCCUCCCGGCGUGGAUCGAGGAGUGCCGGCAGCACGCGCUCGGCCACGAGGUGCCCCGGAUCCUGGUGGGCAACAAAUGCGACCUGCGCCACGCCGCUCAGGUGAGCACGGAGCUGGCCCAGCAGUUCGCCGACGCCCACUCCAUGCCUCUGUUCGAGACCUCGGCGAAGAACCCGCAGGGCGGGACCAACGACAGCGACCACGUGGAGGCCAUCUUCAUGACGGUGGCGCACAAGCUGAAGUCGCAGAAGCCGCUGGUGCUGAGUCAGCCGGCCAACACGGUCACGCUGAGGGGGCAAGAUCAGGACGAGGAGCAGCGUGGGAACUGGGGCUGCAACUGCUGGAGGAGCUAGUGAGACAGAGGCGGGGCUAGAUCGGUCUGAAUUUACUACUAGACGACUAAAAGGGUAGCAGGUUUAAAAGAUUCGAAAUCUCCAAAGUGUUCGUGACGGCAGAGGUCGCAAAACGGACGGAUCGGCUGACAAGGACGACGGGAUUAGAGGCUGAUAAACUGCCUCCUAGGCGUGAUCGCGACACUAAACACUGCAGCGUGUAUACCGAACCCUACACAUGUUCCUGUGCUCCUGGAAAUCCUUAACUCGAGUGUGAUUCAGAUCCAGACAUGAGUUAUAUUCUAUAUUUUAAUGACACGAGAGAUGCCAUAAAAAAAAAAAAAAAAAUUUACUCUGCUUAUUAGACUUUAAGGCUGUGUUUCUUCUUUAAAGCUGAAUAACGUCGUACUUUUAUUACUCGGAUUAUUAGACGCUCAAGAGAGAAGAGACUCGCCGAUACAAGCAUGCGAACACACAUACGAUAAGAUUACGCUCAAGCGGUUAUGACAGAAGGUAGCGUAGGUGUUUGCCAGAAUUUCUUCUUCUUCUUCUUCUUCUUCUUCUUCUUCUUCGUACUGUAACCCUUGAGACCACUGCACUAGGAGAAUAACUGUGCUUACGCAAUGCGCAAACUUAAUGUACCCGAUCGUAAACGUUCAUCACGUCAAGGUUUACCUUCUAGAUGUUUCGUUGCCGGCGCUCGUCAUUCAGCUCAGAGCACCUCGGUCUCAUCGUUUCAUAUCACCGUACAGUGAAAGUGCGUGUCUGUAAUUACCGGAAACCGGUUCAGCUUUCGGUGUUGUUUUGCGCCACAAAAAAAAAAUAAAGAAAAAAAGAUAAACGACAGUCGCAUCUAAUUGUCGUAUCGUUCGUCAUAACGCCUCCUCCUGUGGAGAUGAUAUUGCCGUGUGUAGGUGCUGUGCAGUGCAGUAGAACAGAGCUCAGUAAUAAUAAUAAUAAUAAUAAUAAUAAUAAUCACUCAUAAAUUAUUUGGGAAUUUUAACAAGAAUGUGAAAAGAUUCAUGCGACGCAUAGCACCUACAGUACGUUCUCGGUGUCCCGUGUGACGAUGUACAUCACCGAUCACGAUAUUUACUACAUCUCCAUUCUCACUGACCCUCUGCGGCUUAUUAUUAUUAUUAUUAUUAUUAUUAUUAUUAUUAUUAUUCUGAGGGAUGAAAACGUGAGCAGAUGUCCCUGUGCUGCUUUCCAAAUGGGACUGAUGAAAAACUAAUGCACUUCUAAGCUGCUUCUUCAAUAGAGAAAUACACGAAUACAAGAAGUCUUUCCCAUUACCUGGCAACGCAACCCCUCCCCUUCUUUUUUUUAUUUUUUUUUUUUAUAGCAAGACGCAGUAUAACGUAGAUCCAGUGAAGAAAUGUAAUCAAUGCUAGUGAUUGUAAAGCAUUAAACCAAGUUUGUGUUGACAUUUAACAGGUUUUCGCUCUUGUAUUCGCCGUUAUGGAAGAUUUUUCUGGCUUUUUUUUUUUUUUUUUUAGGAGCUGAUGCUAAGUGUAGUUACACGGUCGUGUUUAAGCCGCUAAGCGCUUAUGUUCGUCCGUCCCGUCGUCCAAGAUUGUACGUUAGUGUGACGUAUAAGCGAUAACGGAUAAUUGUUUUGUUGGAAAACCGGCAGACGAGCUGAUUAGAUUCAGGGUCAAGGUCAGGGCAAGGUCGAAAAAUAUCUGGAGGCUAAUCAUCUCGCCGUGCUUCGGGGGUUUCCUCCGUGUACUCCGUGUUAGUCCUCCAGUCCAAAGACGUGCGUUGUAGGCUGAUGAGCGUUUCCAAAUUGUCCGUAGCGUGUGAACGGGCGUGUGAUUGUGCCCUGUGAUGGAUUGGCACCCCGUCGUGGGUGUCCCCCGCCUCGGGAUCGGCUCCAGGCUCACCGAUGAUGGCUGGCUGGAUCUACGGGAACGCGUUCUUGACAUCGCCUUUAUAUAUUGUUCGAAGCAAUAUUUGAAUAGUCAUCGCUAUAUAUUGCUUGGCAUCGAUAUUUCCAUUUCCUCAGUUUGCGUUCCUAAAUCACGUAUUCUUGAACGAGAUUUGAACUUGUACUCAACAAUUUUCCUUGCUAAACUUACCAUGAAGAGACUCGGCUAGGUUUUUGUAUGCCGAAAUUAUACUUAGCAUCAACUUUUAAAAAAAAAACAAAAAAAACAACAACAAAAAGUACUACCAAAGUGGGCUUCUGACUAACGGUGCAGUAGUCGGAACGAACCCCACACAACGAUCAUUUAUGAAUUUAUUUUUAUUUUAUUCCGCGAAGGAGUAACGACGAUUCGGACAGGAGUGAGGGAUUUAUAAGACUAGAUCCUACAGCGCAUGGGAAAUGUUUUAAACGUUUAAACGAGAAGAAGAGAGCACGAUGAAAUAAUGCCGUAACCAUAGCGACAGUGGGGCGGGGCUAGAAUGCUAGCUAUAGGAAAUCAGAAGACAUUUAGCUGGCUGUUUAGAAAAACAUGCUCAUACAAAGUGUUUAUUUUAUUUUAUUUUAUUUUAAAGCUACUAAAGGCCAAGGAAAGAUAAAUGCCGUGUGUUGUAUGCUGACUUCGGAGCUGUAACGUGUGGCGCAGGACUCGUGUGUGUGUGUGUGUGUGUGUGUGUGUGUGUGUAUAACACACUGCGUUUACUGUGUGCAUGAUGUUCUCGUAUUACUAUGGCAGAAGGAUAAAGUAUCAGCGUCUCACUCACACAGCCUGCAACCUUUCAGGAUGACUAAGACAGCAAAUGUGAGUGUGUGUGUGUGUGUGUGUGUGUGUUGUAAAUCAGGCCAACAUGCAUGCCUGAUUUGAAUCGUGGCUUAACCCCCUCCCAGCCGCAGCAGGUCCUGUGGCGCGCGCUUAAGAAAGCGUUCAGGCGUGGACAUUUUCAACGUGGUUAAUUCUUCAGUCUCGAAUGCUUUACUGCUCUUCUGUGAGUGAACGGCGACGUCUCUCUGACUGCCAAGAGCAUCCACGUUUGUUUUGUGGUGCAAAGGAAAUGCAGCGUGUGUUCAACGAGGCAUGGGUGAAAGUUUGCACACCACCUCACUGGUUAUGGGUUCCAGUAUUUACAAAAAGGACCUCUGUUUUACGACCGAUCCACAAACAGUAGAGAACGGGAGACUCGGGGAUUCCGCGGUCGCUAAAACGAACGCAAAACUCAAACGCCAUAUUCGUAGGAGCGUCGGGAUUUUCCGCAGGUUCAGGCCGAGACGUGUCGUCAAAACGCGCGUCCGGCCGAAACCCUCUCCGAUUCACGCGAGUACAGAUAAACGUUCUCGUUUACCGACUUUCGGUGCGAAAGAGCGCGCAGAACAAUCUCGUGCGAUCGCGCCGAUUCGAGUAGUUUUAUGCAAAAUAAGAAGCACAAGAAACUCAGCGAAAAUCUGUACGGACUGAACAGAGUGCGCUAUUAGAUGUCGAUCGAAAUGAAAAAUCGCUAACAAUAACAAGCCAAUCAAUCGACGCGUGAAUGGAACGAUCGAGUCUCUUAUUGCUUAUCUCGUGAUCUCUGUGUUCUCAUUUCAACUCGAAUUUUCCCGCCUGAAAGAUUCGCCUUCGAGAUGUACAGAGAAUUCCUUAAUAGAUGCGAAAUCAAAUCUAUCAACUUUGCACGUUAUAUUAUUAGACAAGCACCUUGUUAACGGCUAUGAGAGGAAGGAUUUUGACCACAAAAAAAAAAAAAAAGGUUUAAUAGGCAUACAAUAAAUAAAAUGUCAGAUCUAACACUCUUACAACAAAUGUCAUUGUUAAUGAGAUUAGACGAGUGAUCUGGAACAGAAUUAUUUCGAAAAUGUACUGCUUUGUUUUUAUUUUUUUAAAGGUUUUGCCAUAAGCGUGUUCGUCCUGAUUCUCCGAAGGCAGCAUGUGAUCAUAGCGAAGGUCAAUGAGAACAGGUCGAAGGUGAGGUGUAAGGAAGAACGCACCAGGAACGGGCUUCAAGGGGCCAAAAUUUACAAGCGAGAGGACCUAAAAGCUAAAAAUCUGGAAGCCACAAGUUGGAAGUUAUUAACAGUUUUAAGAGACUUAAAUAACAGACUUAUAACCGAAUAAGAGACUUAAAUAACAUGUUAAAAUAUCGAUAUUUCGAUUGGCUUCACGAUUAAUAUAUACGCGUUAUCACGCACGUUUUUUUUUUUUUUUUUAAAUUCUGUAAAACCUGAUACGCUUAAGAUAUCUGUUUCAUUGUAAGGGUGUGCAAACUUUUCUUGUGGGCUCAACUGUAGGAUUAUCGUAAUGGGGAGGGGAAAAAACACAACCAUGAUGUUUAGCAGUGAAGACAAUCUUGACGUCGUGGUGCUUCGGGGAGACCGGGUUGGGUGUCGGGAUGCUUCGGGGAGACCGGGUUGGGUGUCAUGGUGCUUCGGGGAGACCGGGUUGGGUGUCGGGAUGCUUCGGGGAGACCGGGUUGGGUGUCGGGAUGCUUCGGGGAGACCGGGUUGGGUGUCGGGAUGCUUCGGGGAGACCGGGUUGGGUGCCGGGAUGCUUCGGGGAGACCGGGUUGGGUGUUGUGGUGAACGUGUUUGCAUUAUGUUUUGCCAAAAGUGGUUUUAAUAUCAAAAAUCAUUUUAAUAUCAUUUCUGUGCCUAAAAAAAAAAGAGAAAAUCCUAACAGGAAACCAGGCCUCUCACGUCCUCUGGGAUGAUUUUGUUUCUCAGGAUGUUUAUAUAUACAUAUACAUUUGUGUUUCAAUGUCGUCUGGUCGGACAAACCCUCACGGCGUUGUUCAGUUCAAUGCCUCUACAUCGUCACGUCAUACACAUCCGACAAUCGGCCAGUUUCGCCGUUACAUCCCGGUCACGUGUCUGAUUUCUCCGCCGUGGGACAAACCGAAAGAAUAAAGUCUGAAACUGGAUUAUUGUCAUUUUUUUGUUUUUGGUGUUUUCAAGGAACGUUGCUUGUUUUGUUUUGUUUUUUUAACAGAUGGAAUAAAGCGCUCUUCACAUA